UGAGGAGGCAGUGGACAGAGCCCCUAUUGUUCCCAGCCCACUCCUGCCUAAUAUGGAAUUCGGAAUGAAACCAAUGAUUUCCUGACACUGGCGAUGCGUAGCCGCGUAGGGGCGAAUGUGGAGUUACAAGGGAAAUAAAGAGGAGACACAAACACUGAUCCGUCGUCGGACCAGGAGAAUGUAAAAUAUCGUAAUGCGAGUUAUAGGAGUUAUCGUGAGUUUUCAUGAAACUGCGCUCGAUGGCGAGGGAUUGUUUUGGAAGCGCGAGCUAGAGCGUGGGUCACCUACUUGACGGAUUUGCCUGCGCACCGUACGACACGCAAACUCGAGUGUUUAAACACUGGUCACACGAAGACUACCGUCUCAAAGACUGAGAUUUCUUGUCGACCGAGGACUUGGCUACCUGUGGAGAGUAUAGUUUCUGGACUUGUCCAACUAUCAUGCCUACGCUCAGCUCGAAAAGUAGGCAGAAUGCAGUGGAAGCGGUCGAGGAAGGAGGCAGUAACAGAGAUCCUCUCGAUAUUGCGGCCAAAAAGAUGUUGAAAUGUGUUGUGGUCGGCGAUGGAGCUGUGGGCAAAACCUGUUUGCUGAUGAGUUACGCAAAUGAUGCUUUUCCCGAGGAAUAUGUACCGACUGUAUUCGAUCACUACGCAGUGAAUGUAACAGUUUCUGGGAGGCAGCACUUACUGGGAUUGUACGAUACUGCUGGACAAGAGGAUUACAACCAGCUGCGACCCCUCUCCUACCCCAACACAGACGUCUUUCUCAUCUGCUUCUCUGUUGUGAAUCCAGCUUCCUAUCACAAUGUGCAGGAGGAAUGGGUGCCUGAGCUCAAAUCCUGCAUGCCCCAUGUGCCCUAUAUCCUCAUCGGAACACAGAUUGACUUGCGAGAUGACCCAAAGACACUAGCACGUCUGCUCCAGAUGAAGGAGAAGCCACUGACCUAUGAGCAAGGCCUCAAACUAGCCAGAGAGAUUGGAGCCCAGUGCUAUCUGGAGUGUUCAGCACUGACUCAGAAGGGACUAAAGACAGUAUUUGAUGAGGCCAUCCUGACAAUCUUCAGCCCAAAGAAACAAAAACGGUGCUGCGCAGCCUGCAGGAGCUGUUGUGCUAUCGUGUGAGGAAAAUACAUCUCCAACUGUGAACGCCCACUCUCCCCCAAAGCUUUAGAGGAGUAACAGACCCUAAACUGCCUCCAGUCUGCUGUACAUCCUUCCUUUCUCCAUCCGCCUGUUGUCCCUCAGGACAAUGAACGGUCUUGCCCUCGGUUUGUGUGUCUCGUGGAGAGCUACGCUGUCCAAAACAAGUGCCUUAAUUUCUCCCCAUGUUGCCUUACAGGAUUCGCUUCUCAAGCCAAAGAAGUCUCAGAUGGGACUGCGGUUACUUGAACCAAUGUGGCGUCGCCAAUCUCCAAUCAAACAUUUCAGGUUCAUCUCUGGGCCACUGGAUUUUUGGUUUUAAACUGACUAUAUUAUAUGGUAUCUCAAGGCUUAUGAAAAAAUGAAAAUCCAUUCCUCCAUACAAACUGGCUUUCUCUCCGUCACCUCAGAUCAAUACUGCGCUCUUUCUGGAGUCAAUGCUUCAGCAGUUCUAGCUAGUUAAUAAGGGAAAUUCCCUGGAGGAUGUCCAACUCAUCAAUAGAGGUAGAACAUACGAAAAGAGAGAGCGAGACGAGAGUAAGAAGUGCGUCUUUACCACAAAUCCUUAGGUCAUACAAAAUUAGCAACUUCAAAUAACACUGAUAAACUGCUACAGAACCACACAUCCAAAGAUACAUAAAAUAAUUUGUUAUUCAUUAAAAAGAUUGACGGUCAAGCACACUAUAGACUACUUAUAUAUCCCUGACAACAUUAGCCCAUGAAUCAUUCAUAUUUUUUUGCGUUUUCAAAACUGGGAUGCCCUGAAGUGUACCUAGUCACGUUUUUGUAAGCCAUCAGACCUUUAUCUCUAUACAGUGUAGGUGUAGAAACAAUGAUGCCUUAAAUAAUGGUGAUGUAAUUCUUAUAAUUAUCAUACGCAUUUACAUUUUGAUUUCUGAAGGGCACUGUAUUUUGUCUUCUCUAAUGACUCCGUCUACACAUAAUUUAAAAAAUGCUCUUAUUUUCCUCUAUUAAAAAUGAGCCAAUGGAGGAAUGUAUGUGCCACUUAUAAGUAAAAUGAAAAAAAUAAAUCACGAAUGUAUUCCGAAAUUAAAAACGAUUGAUAGAUAAAUCUUUAUAGAUAAUUAGAUACAUUUUUUAAAUUGCGACAUAUUUUAAACGGCUUAUUUCAUUCAUGUUAAAAUGGAGUUAAAAGUUACAAAUAAUAUAUUAAUAAAUAAUUUUAAAUGCAACAUUUAAAUGGUAUUUUCAUGAAGCAUAGUUUUUUCUUAAUCCAACUGCCAGUUGCAAUUUCAAAAUGCGAUUUAAAACAAAGUUAGAGAGCACUGCAGCAAUGAUGACGUACUUUUAACAUUACUCUGUAGUUUCAGCCUCAGACAUCACGUCCAUGGAACGUUGGCUGAAUGUCUGAUGAAUAAGGCACACAAAAUGGGAAACACUUUUUUUCCAAGUCGUCAUGUGAUCGGUUGAAUUCUACAAGAUUUCCGGGAGACGUGUGUCGUGUCCUUAAAUGGUACACCUGGAAACAAAACCAUUGGGAUGCCAAACCCCCUCAAGGAAAUUUACCGCUGUGACAUUUUCCCUGAAAGUUUGAGUUCCAGUAGUUUCCAAAAGUGUGGUUUUACACACACUGAGAUAGUAAAAGCUGACGACUGAGUACGGUAGAUCUGUUUUCCUUUUUGGCGUGAUGGUGUUUCUGUUUAAUGUCCACGAAAAUCCCUGUAGUCUCAUUUAGCCUCUUGUUAGCAGCUGCCUUUUUCAAGACAAGUUACAGCUGUAAAAAUGUCACAAGGGGUAUUACUGGUGUAGUUUAUGUUGUAGAAUAAAACAGGAAAAUAUCUUGAGCUUAUGUUCAUAAGAGACCUUAUUGUGGGCAUUUAAACAAAAACCCAUUCAACAAAACCCAUCAACAUUUUUGCCUACAAAAAUACAUAAUCCCUGCAGCACCGUAUUGUUGUAUGAUUGUAGUUUAAUUUAACAUUUUAAACGUAUUAAAUGUCAAAGGUCUAGUUUUCUAAAGUGAAAAGUGAUUUCCCUUUAUAUUGUCUUUUUUAGCAUUAUUGUUUGUUUUUGUUGCAUUCAUAGUUCUCCAUAUGAUCCAGUACUGUGAAAAAAAAAAAUCACUCACCAUAUAACUCCCUAUUUCAGCUGAAGUACUUAUGUAUUUACUGAGGAGCAGAGUUAUACAUUGUCUAACUGCUCUGUUUUGCCUCUGGACGAAGCCACCCCCUCAUUUUCCCUUUUAAAGAUCAGCUCAAACAAAUGGCUUUGUUCUUCAGACUUGUUUUUUUCCUUAGGCAUGUAGUGUGGUCAUGCUGUAUAAACUGCACCGCUGAUAAUGGCGCAGUUAAAUAUUUGGCCUUUUCGAAAAGACAAUGGUUCCUUACUGUUUUUUUGUAGACGUGUCAAAUAAUAUGUGUAGCCCUUGCAUUUUUGUUUUGGAAAUGUGUUGAACAGUGUGUAGGUUAACCAUCUGCUAAAGCAACCGAAAACUCGCAGUUCAUACUUACCAAAAGCUUUCCUGUGAGUACUUGUUGUUCUCGGAUGAUCAUGUUAUUGGACACCAGAACUGGUACUGAUUACUUCUGAUUGCUCUUCACAUCAGUCGCUCCUUAGUUUGACUUCAAGGACUUCUUUCCAUUGCCUGCAAGGUGCUAGAGACUAUCCUAGGGCUGAGGAAUCAAGCCUGCUCUACAGAGAGGAAGUAACAAACCGUCAUUCUCUUGCCUUUAAUGUAGCAUAGAGUUUGUUUCUUCACUCAGUUUAAGUGCACUUAUGACACUGUGCCUUGCAUUGUCCUAUGCAAUUGUUUAUAUACUGUAAUGCUAAUGAGAAGACCAGUUUUCAGUCACUGGUUGAAAGAGCUAUAACUUGAACUCAGUCUUGAACUCAACUGUAAACUUAUUUACUAUUUUUAAAGGUUUUUUUUUCUUUAAAUUUCAUGUAUUGAUUUAUAUACUUAAGAAUCAUGACAGCUUUCUUUGCCAAAACUAAAAAAUGUGUUGUAAAUAUACAGAGUGAUUAAAGCUUGUGAUAAAACUUUGGAA